AUGACAAGUAGUGACUGUUCUGAGUUCACAUAGGCAGUCAGUGAUUUUGACAUUUCCCCAGGGAGUUGGCCAGAGGUUAACAUAAAUUAGCCAGAGGUUAAACCUAAGAGGUCUGGUUAGAUGGAGGAGAAACGUAAGGACCAUGGAGCUUUGCUUAACCAAGGGGAGGAGAAUGAACUGGAGGUGUUUGGUUACCGGACCCAGAACCUACGUAGAGCCCUGUGCUUUGUAAUAUCCGCGCUGACCUGUGGGGUCCUUCUGCUGGUGUUCUACUGGAAGCCCCAGUGGAGAGUGUGGGCCAGCUGCAUCCCAUGCCCCUUGCAAGAAGCAGACACUGUAUUGUUAAGGACGACGGAUGAAUUCCAAAGAUACAUGAGGAAGAAGGUGAUCAGCCUCUACUUACGCACACUGAAGUUUCCUAUAAGCAAGAACCCUGAAGAACCGCUGGUGUCUGACCGCCACUCUGUCAUAAACCAAGCUGUAUUGAAGCCAGAAUUAAAACUACGAUGUAUCCGAGUGCAGAAAAUCAGGUAUGUUUGGAACAACUUGGAGAAGAAAUUUCAGAAAGUUGGGUCGCUGGAAGACAGCAACUCCUGCUAUGACAUUCAUCGUACAUUUGGACUGGGUCUGACCAGUGAAGAACAAGAGGUCAGGAGAUUAGUGUGCGGGCCCAAUGCAAUUGAGGUUGAAAUCCUACCCAUCUGGAAGCUGCUUGUUAAACAGGUUUUAAAUCCAUUCUAUGUAUUCCAAGCCUUUACCCUGACUUUGUGGCUGUCUCAAGGUUACAUAGAAUACUCUGUGGCCAUCAUCAUCUUGUCUGUUAUCUCCAUUAUCUUAAGUGUGUAUGAUUUGCGACAGCAAUCCGUUAAGCUGCACAACCUCGUGGAGGAGCACAACAAGGUCCAGGUCACCGUCCUUGUAAAAGGCAAAGGUUUGCAGGUGCUGGAAUCCCGUCUCCUGGUUCCUGGAGAUAUUCUUAUUCUCCCAGGAAAAUUCUCAUUGCCAUGUGAUGCUCUUCUAAUUGAUGGAAGCUGUGUGGUGAAUGAAGGCAUGCUCACAGGAGAAAGUAUACCUGUUACAAAGACACCAUUGCCCCAUGCGGAGAAAACCAUGGCCUGGAAAUCCCACAGUUCGGAGGAUUAUCGGAAACAUGUCCUUUUCUGCGGAACGGAAGUUAUCCAGGUCAAGCCCUCCGGGCAGGGGCCAGUAAAAGCAGUUGUCUUACAAACAGGUUUCAAUACAGCCAAAGGGGACUUGGUGAGAUCCAUCCUCUACCCACGGCCUCUGAACUUCAAACUAUACAAUGAUGCCUUCAAGUUCAUAGUGUUUCUGGCCUGCCUUGGAGUCAUGGGGUUUUUCUAUGCCCUUGGUGUAUAUAUGCACCACAGAGCCCCUCCAGGAGCUUCGGUGACCAUGGCCCUGAUCCUCCUCACCGUGACCGUCCCUCCCGUGCUACCAGCUGCCCUGACCACCGGCAUCGUGUACGCACAAAAGAGGCUGAAGAAAAAGAAAAUCUUCUGUAUCUCCCCACAGAGAAUCAAUAUGUGUGGGCAAAUAAACCUCGUGUGCUUUGACAAAACUGGCACUCUUACAGAAGACGGGCUGGACCUCUGGGGGACGGUCCCCACUGCUGGCAACUGUUUCCAGGAAGUCCACAGCUUUGCUUCAGGCAAGGCUUUGCCAUGGGGCCCACUGUGUGCCGCCAUGGCCAGCUGCCACUCUCUCAUCCUUCUCAACGGGACCAUCCAGGGAGACCCCCUGGAUGUCAAAAUGUUUGAAGGCACUGCCUGGAUAAUGGAAGAUUGCAAUGCAGACUACUGCAAAUUUGGGAUGCCAGAUUCAAACAUAAUAAUGAAACCAGGACCAAAAGCCAGUCAGAGUCCCGUGGAAGCCAUCGCCAUCUUGCGCCAGUUUCCGUUUUCCUCGAGCCUGCAGAGGAUGUCUGUGGUUGCUCAGCUAGCAGGGGAUGAUCACUUCCAUGUCUACAUGAAGGGUGCCCCAGAGAUGCUGGUCAAGUUCUGCAGAUCUGAAACAGUGCCCCAGAAUUUCCCACAGGAGCUGAGGAGAUACACAAUGCAAGGGUUCCGCGUCAUUGCCCUUGCUCAUAGAGCCUUGAUGAUGGGGAAGCUUUCAGAAGUAGAGAGUUUAGCCAGAGAGAAGGCGGAGUCCGAGUUAACAUUUUUGGGACUUCUCAUCAUGGAGAAUCGCUUGAAGAAGGAGACCAAGCCAGUCUUGAAGGAGCUGAGUGAGGCCCGCAUCAGGACCGUGAUGAUUACCGGUGACAACCUUCAAACCGCCAUUACUGUUGCAAAGAAUUCCGAAAUGAUUCCUCGAGGGAGCCGAGUGAUCCUUGUGGAAGCCAAUGAACCAGAAGAGUUUGUUCCUGCCUCUGUGACCUGGCAGCUGGUAGAGAACCAAGAGAAUGGACCUGAGAAGAAUGAAACCUACAUUAACAUUGGAAACAGUCCAGCGCCGGCCAGGGACAGAGGGAGCUGUUACCAUUUUGCAAUGAGUGGGAAAUCAUACAAAGUGAUAUUCCAGCAUUUCAACAGCUUGCUUCCAAAAAUUCUGGUGAAUGGAACCAUUUUCGCAAGAAUGUCUCCUGGACAGAAAUCUAGCCUUGUUGAAGAAUUUCAGAAAUUGAAUUAUUAUGUGGGCAUGUGUGGAGAUGGAGCUAAUGACUGUGGGGCUUUGAAAAUGGCUCAUGCGGGCAUUUCGCUGUCAGAGCAGGAGGCGUCUGUGGCCUCCCCUUUCACUUCAAAAACAGCCAACAUCGAGUGUGUGCCCCAUCUCAUCAAAGAAGGCCGAGCUGCUCUGGUUUCAUCCUUUGGGGUAUUUAAAUACUUGACCAUGUAUGGCAUAAUCCAGUUUGUUGGUACAUCACUGCUCUAUUGGCAACUACAACUCUUUGGGAAUUACCAGUAUCUCAUGCAAGAUGUAGCCAUUACCCUGAUGGUCUGUUUAACAAUGAGUUCAACUCAUGCUUACCCAAAGCUGGCUCCAUACCGACCAGCAGGACAGCUCCUCUCUCCCCCAUUGCUGCUCUCAGUAUUUUUGAAUACCUGUUUCACCUGCAUUGUGCAGAUCUGUGCAUUUUUCUAUGUGAAGCAGCAGCCCUGGUAUUGUGAAGUCUACAGAUACAGUGAGUGCUUUCUGGACAACCAAAGUAAUUUCUCCACAAAUGUGAGUGUGGAAAGAAACUGGACUGGAAAUGCAACUCUGAUUCCUGGUUCAAUUUUAAGUUUUGAGAGUACCACCCUGUGGCCCAUCACCACCAUCAACUGUAUCACAGUAGCUUUCAUCUUUUCUAAGGGAAAGCCAUUUCGAAAACCCAUCUACACAAACUAUAUAUUCUCAUUUCUGCUCAUAUCUGCCUUGGGCCUCACCAUUUUCAUUCUGUUUUCUGACUUUCAAGAUAUAUACCAUGGGAUGGAGUUCAUCCCAACCAUAACAUCAUGGAGGGUUUCAAUUUUGGUGGCAGCCCUCAUCCAGUUCUGUGUGGCCUUCUUUGUAGAGGAUGCCAUCCUUCAAAAUCGAAAGCUCUGGCUAUUGAUCAAAAAACAACUUGGAUUCUAUUCUAAAAAUCAGUAUAGGAACUGGCAGAGAAAACUGGCAGAAGAUUCCACCUGGCCUCCCACAAACAGGACAGAUUAUUCAGGUGAUGGCAAAAAUGGAUUCUACAUCAACCAAGGCUAUGAGAGCCCUGAACAGAUUCCAAAAGAAAAAUGUGAAUUGGGAGGGCAAACCACAGAACAGCAUUUUUGGACUAUAUUAUAAUCAGCCUUGCCAUCCUACAUGCUUAACAGCAUCCCCUUCUUCCCAGAAACUAACACACUGUGGAGAGGGGGUGACCAACUACCCUGACCUUUCCUCUUGCCGUCUGAGCAUUCGAGCACAUUUUUCAGUGCAUUGAACCUUGCAACAAAUGACCUUAAAAUGCUUAUUUUCGCUGUCUUUUCUAUCACUGAAGGGGAAGAAAAUGCAUUUCCUGGGUUCUCUUUUUUUUUUCUGAUAAACUUCAUUCACAUUGCAACAUUAUCUGGUUAAAAUGCACAACUUCAUGGUACUGAAAUUAAUGGCAUGAACAUCAAUAGAAGAAAUGAAAAUUGAGAGUUUAAUCUUUGAAAGUUUCACCAGUAUAUUUUUAUUUUCAUUUACAGAAAUAAGAGAAUUCGGGGGGAAAAAAACUCUCAAUAAAUUGUCACAUUUAAAUAACCUUUUAUUUACUUGUGAAGAACAUUUAUGUACAUACCUUUUCCAAGGUCACAAACCUCUCCUUUUUCUUUCUUUUCUAUGGUUUUAAUUGAGAAGCAAUAAUUGAUACUUACUUCAGAAAAUUCAACUCUAACUCUAGCAAGUGUGAAAGUGGAGAAUGGUGGAGGUGUCUGUUAAUUGCAUAUAAUCUUGGAGUGGGCACAGGAGAUGUUUCUAAGCAAACUCCACUGAAGUUGGCAUCUCCCAAAGCAUUUUGUUUUGGGGCCAGGGAGCUAGAUGGUCCAGACGAAAUCACAAAGGUUAUAAAAUAAACUGUUAAAAUGUACUUUUCAUUUAAAGAAGCUUGGCACCUUUAUUUUCUCUUAAGUACUGACAGAUGAAAACCUCAAGUUUUAACUCGAAAAGUUGGCCACAUUCAGCAUUGCUCAUCUUAACAAUCAUAGGGAAGGGAUUAACAAUGCUUGUAUCUACAGCAUGACAAUUAUCAGCCUACUAAACAAUCUUGAGUUCCAUUUCAUCUUUUCAUGAUCCAAAUCAAUUAUUAGAUGUGCAUUAAGGAUCAUAAGAAAGGGUACAUUUUACAUCCUAUAUGAGUAUAUUUUGCACACUAUUGCCUUUAAUAUAUAUUAACCUCACUGUGACCUUGAGAGGACAUUUAUUCCUAGUGGACAUUUAAAUUACCUAUAAGGCUUUCCUUGUAACAAUAAUUUUGCCAAUUUAACAGACAUUUUAUGGAUCAUAAGCAGUUAGUUAACAAUUCCCAAUCCAUAAGUGCAAUUAUGUGCCAUACUGUGAUAUAUGAAUUCAAUAAUAUCUUUACAAUCUUCAAAUCUUGAGCACUGAAGAAAUGUUUUCAACGUUUCAGUAAUCUGUUGCUGUAAAUAGUAUUAUAUACUUUGUUACACAAACUAGCAGCAUGAAAGUUCUUAUAUACAGUUUAUAUUUACAUUUUAUUUGUUUUUAGCCUUUUCUUUGGGUACACAGCUCUUGUGUAGUUUAAAAUGUGUCUAAUUUAAUGGAGACCAAUAAAAGAUCAAAAGGUAAACAAGAUUUUUAGCUUAUAAUUAACAAAUGUACGCCAACCUAAAAAACAAGGCAGCUCAGGUUCCUUGAGCUGACAUAUCUGUAUUUAGUAAUUUGACCUUUAGGAUGAGAGGUUUCAAUUGAUAUACUAGGACAUUUAGAUAGCAGAAGAUUUUUUGUAAAUAUCUUUAUUCAAUAAAUGUACACCCUCUCCCACCAAGUUUUUCCAACAACCUAUUUGGUAUCUGAUAAGUGAUGAUCUUUAUUUCACAUGUCUUUUUUGGGGGGAGGGGGACCUACUAAAGUUGAAUACUACACUUGCCCUUGCUAAAAAUAAACUCAGAGAAAGGUUUAAUAGCCUUGGGAAAAAAUUGUUUGGUAAAAAGUACAAUAAACAUGGCCUCACAUCCAAUGAUCACCUAUAGAAAAAACAAACUGGACAGUGUCAAACUGUCCAUUGUCAAGAAUGGCUAUUUUUACGGGAAAACUGAUGACUAAUUUUGUGAGCUUAUUUCUAAAGGUGAGAAAACUGGAGCUUUGAACACCACCUAUGCGAGAAAUGAACCCAUGAAUUUCGAAGUGCAUCUGUGACAUUAUCCAGCAUAGCUAGGACUAUCUUCUGGAGUAGAGAUGCCCAGAGUUCUCUAGAAAGGUUUGAUGUGAGGGUCCUGAAGAAGGCCACUCUGUCCCCAGUUCCACUCUCUUUCCCAUUUGUCAGCAUGGUAAUUCCAGCACACCCAAAUCCCCUGCUUUGGGUUAUGAUCUGUCCUCUGCAGUCAUCCUUUAUGAAAAGGUAAACACACACUGAAGAGGUAGCACAUUUAGCCGCUGUCAAUCUCAGCCUAAUCUGACAAUACUUGAAAAACAAUAUUUUUGUUUGUUUACUAUUACUAGAGAGCAGGACAUAAAAGGAAUAAGAACUGAAUUUAGAAUGAAAUUGAAUGGGUAAUUUUGGAUCGUGGUAUCUGGUAGGAGACACUCAUACUCCCCAGAGAACAGUGGACAAAGAGAGAGUUUUGGGGUUAUCUGGGGACAGAAUUGGUGCCAUAAAAAGGGAAGGGAUUAGUCCUAAACAAGGAAGAGAUUCAGGAUCUCUGCUGGUGCUGACUACAGCACACGAUCCCUUCUGUUUUCAUUAUUCUUAACCCUGCAAUCAGAUUGUAGAGAAUUUCUGGCCCUGGGGUAAUAUCUAAAUCAGUUUAAUAGGUUCAAAACUCACUGAGUCUUCUGUUUAGUUACUUUAUCUACCAAAUUCCUAGUUCUUGCAUGGCACCCAACCCCCUGCCCCAUGCUUUUAAAGAUAGCACCAGAAGCCAUUGGCUGGUAGUGUGGUUUGUAGUGUGACGUUAUAAUGUCUGAUACAAUCCUGGGUAUGGAGAUGAGCAUGCACUUUUUCCCACCUGCUGCCAACAAGAAUUCUGCAGGAAGGUAUUAAAAAGAAGUUUGCUUCAUUCACUGUAUAAUCAAUCAACUGCAAGAAUAAAAUCACAACACCCCUUGACUUACAAUAAAAGCCUUAAAAACUAGCAUAGGAUAUUGUUUUCUAAAUGUGGCACCUUCAACCUAUUAUUUAAUGAUCUCUGGCUAAGGUUAAAAGGUUUCAAACCUUGAAAUACUUCACAAUCCAGAAGGAACAAUGUAGCUCUGUGGCAGUAACACAGUCCACUCUUGUUUUGUCAUACUCCUGACCACUGAGUAGCUUCCAGGAAAUCGCUGCAUCUGAGACCAUGGAGCAAAGAGCCCCUUAUCCCAUCCCCCCACCCAUCUACGCAGGAGCAAGGAGAUAGGGGUGCACCCUCAAACAGCUUGUUAAUCCAAGUUCCUCAAACCACCUAACCAAAUGCUGUGUUUCAAUUUUUUUUUCUCAUCAGGAAAGGAAUAUGAAUUUGAGUGUAAGCCUAAGAAUUUGGGGUGCUUAACAUUUCUUUCAAGAUCACAUAUAAAUGUGA